CACAGAAAGAACAAGCAAAGGAUUUCCAGCAAAGAAGACGAAAUUGGUGAUUGGAAUUGGUUGUUCAAAGCAGCAACGACGAAGUCCGCUGUCAUCAAUGGUAUGUCACGGAGGUUCAUAUGAGUUGUGACUCCAACUUUAGACCGCAAAAGAGCUGGGCAUCCUAGGGCUGAAUGCAGAAGACGGUGGCUGUCCUGGGAGGGGGGAUCGGGGGCCUGUCAGCCUGCUUCCACCUCAGCAAGAGCCACCAGGUCUCCAAGAUAGUGCUGCUGGAGGGGGAUGGACGGUUCGGAGGCUGGCUAAGUUCAACUCGUAGGGAGGAUGGAGCUGUGUUUGAACAUGGACCCAGAGGGAUACGACCUGCAGGAGCCGUGGGACGAAACACACUCAACAUGGUGGAAGAGUUGGGGCUGGAGAGCGAGGUCCUCCCAGUCACCUAUGAUCACGUAGCCUCUAAGAACCGUUACCUCUAUGUGGGAGGCCAGCUACACAAGAUGCCUUCUGGCUUAGGUGGAGUAGUGCGUACAGUCCCUCCGUUCUCUCGUCCUCUGGUCCAGAGCGUACUGAAGGAGAUACUGAUCAGCAGAGGAAAGGAGGAGGAUGAGUCUGUUCAUUCCUUCGUGUCGAGAAGGCUGGGCACUGAGCUUGCAGACAUUGCCAUCGACAGCCUGUGCAGGGGAGUGUUUGCAGGGGACUGCAGGAAGCUGAGUGUGCGCUCUUGUCUCCCGCCACUCUACAACGCAGAGAAGGCCAGAGGUUCCAUCAUCCUGGGAAUGUUGCUGGGCCCAGGCCCUGGACCAGACGUACCCCCCUCUACCCUGACCAAGAGGGCUGCUCAGGAGAACUGGGCCCAGUGGUCACUGAAGAGGGGCUUACAGAACCUUCCGGAAGCCCUGGAGGAGAGGAUGAGGAAUGGGGGACGUGUAGAGGUGCACAAAGACACCCCUGUGAUGGGGCUAAGUACUAAUGGCACCGGCUGGGAGAUUCAACUGGAGGACGGCACCAUCAAAGCUGAUCAUAUCAUUGCUGCUCUACCAGCAAAAGCUCUGGCCUCAGCACUUCUCACUGCUGCACAGCCCCUGUCACAGCAGCUACGUGAGAUCGCCACAGUAACCGUUGCCGUGGUAAACCUGGAGUACGAGGGUUCCGUCCUGCCUGUCACGGGCUUUGGCCACCUGGUGCCAUCCUCAGAAGACAGAGGUCUCCUAGGGGUGGUCUAUGACUCUGUGCCCUUCCCCCAGCACAACCGCACUGGAGGACCCACCACCAGACUAACAGUGAUGAUGGGCGGGGCCUGGUUCCAGGAAGUGUUUGGGAAUUCAGAGGAAGUGACCGAGCAGCUCCUCCUGGACAGGGCCACCCAGGCGGUGACAUCACACCUGGGCGUUACCUCACGACCCAUCUGGAGCGUUGUUGCACUGCUCAAGGACUGCAUUCCUCAAUAUUACCUUGGACACUGGAAACGACUUGAAAAUAUGAGACAAUGCAUCAGAGACCACAAUCUACCACUUAGUCUGGCUGGGUCCUCUUAUGAUGGCGUCUCGGUCAAUGAUGUCAUCUUCAGUGGACAGACGGCAGCAGAGGGCCUUGUGGGAAAAGUCUAACCAGACGUUCAGGUUCCCAACCAUGGAUAUACGCUUAUAUUGUGAAAGAGAUCUUGUUUUUUUCCCUCAUCGCAUUGCGUUCUACAUUUAGUUUUGCUUUUACACAACUGUAUCACAACCGGCCAUGAUUGGGAGUCCCAUAGGGCGGUGCCCAAUUGGCCCAGCGUGGUCCAGAUUUGGCCGGUGUAGGGCGUCAUUGUAAAUAAGAAUUUGUUCUUAACUGACUUGCCAAGUUAAAUACAAAUACUAAUAAAAAUGUACAUACAAUUUACUAGUCACCCUCUGCAUUUAAGCCCUCUGCAAAGGGAUGUCAUUUUUUGCGCAAUAUUCCUAAUUUAUAAGCAGCAUAUUUAUGAAGUUUUCCAUUUCUAUCUCAUUUGGACAAAUUACAGAUUGGUCCUCUAGAGAUGAUUCUAUGUCCUUCUGUAGCUCAGUUGGUAAGAGCAUGGCGCUUGUAACGCCAGGGUAGUGGGUUCGUUUCCCGGGACCACCCAUACGUAGAAUGUAUGCACACAUGACUGUAAGUCGCUUUGGAUAAAAGCGUCUGCUAAAUGGCAUUUAUUAUUAUUAUAUUAUGUCUGAGACCUCACCACUAGCCUGGAAACCACGGGUAACCCACAGAACAGUUCUCAUUCUAAUAAAAUAUUGUUUUUGAACUCAAGGGCUGGAUGAAAGUCAUAUGUCGUCACUAUGUAAAAUGGAACCACAAUCUGAACUGUUUUAGGAUGAUUUGUCCCCGUAACCUUACUUCAAGGAUUUAAUUUUCUAGGCAGUAGUUCAAAAUGUAGAGUAACAUUUUACAUUCAGGAUGAGAUUUCAUAUUUUAGUUAUGGUGCCUUUUUGCUAACAGAAAUCACCACCCCUUCAUGAAUGUACAGGCAUAUUUUAUGUGGGAGACAUGUUAAAGAUGUGAUAAUCAGUGGUGUGUAUAACCCUACUCCAACUGUCCUUUCCAGCCAUCCAUGUUUUACCCUAUCCUCUCUGUGAAUAUAGCAGACAAAAAUAUAUUAUUAUUAUAAACGGUAAACGAACCACACAGACUGAUGUGGUGAUCUCAAUCUGGUGAUCUAUCAUGUAUUUGGAAUCUAAUUACGAUAUUGGAAACUUUAAUUUAUAGAGUGCAUGUACAGUGGCAAGGGGAUGGCUUGAUAAUGUAUUUUUAUACACAACUUUAUUAUUUUGAGAAUGUUGCAGAGCAAUAAAUAUGAUGCUUUA